CAGAUGUUGCCCAGUCUUAUAGAUGUUGUUAAUCCAUACUUGUGACAAGCAUUCUUUGGACUGUUGUGAACAGCGUUCUCUUGGAGGAGCUCUUUAUCAUGUGCUUGUUUCAACAGGUGAAACAGACUUGAGCUGAGGAUCAAAGACUACUGCAUGUGAACAUAUCAUGCAGGAAGAAAUGACGAAUGAGGAUGAAACAAAGCAGACCAGCGAAAAAGAACAAGAAGACCUUGUAACAGAUGUUUCAGCUGUUGAUUUUAAGCAUGGACCUGACAAUCUGCUUUCUUCCAGUGUCAGUGGAAGGUCUCUUACCGUGAGCAAUUCUACUCCAGCUAAAGGUGAUGGGAAUGACAACACGAAAUUUAAAGGAGUGAGAUUGCCAUGCAUGCCUUCUCGUGUCCUUCAUCUUCGUCAAAUUCCAGAUAAUGCCACUGAAGCAGAUGUCAUUUCACUAGGGCUCCCUUUUGGCAAAGUAACCAAUGUGCUGAUUCUAAGAGGAAAAAGUCAGGCUUUUUUGGAAAUGGCCUCUGAGGAAAAUGCUAUUAGUAUGGUGAACUACUGCUCUUCUGCUAUACCUCACAUCCACAAUCAGCCUGUGUAUAUUCAGUAUUCCAAUCACAGAGAACUUAAGACUGACAAUAUACCUAGUCAAGCUAAUGCUCAAGCUGCACUGCAAGCUGUGAAUACUGUGCAGUAUGGAAACGUGGCUAUUACAAGUGCUUUUGCUCCUGAAGGUGGGGUCUCUCCAAGUCACAGUUCUGUUCUUCGAAUCAUUGUUGAAAAUCUUUUCUACCCUGUCACUUUAGAUGUGCUGUAUCAGAUUUUCUCUAGGUUUGGAUUUGUCUUGAAGAUUGUCACCUUUACAAGGAAUAAUCAGUUUCAAGCUUUGAUCCAGUAUGCUGAACCAGUGAAUGCAUAUUAUGCCAAAAUGGCUCUGGAUGGCCGAAAUAUCUACAAUGCAUGCUGCACUCUACAUAUUGAUUUCUCAAAGUUAACAAGCCUUAAGGUGAAGUACAACAAUGAGAAAAGCAGAGAUUUCACUCGCUUUGACCUUCCAGCUUCUGACAUCCAACUACCCCUGGAUCCAGCCAUAAUUGCUGCCUUUGGGUCCGAAGGUAUCAUCUUCCAACCACACGUAGGGACUACUGGAUUUGGCCCGUUUGCAUACAUUCCUCAAGGCGCUGUCACCACAUCUGUGGCAUCUGUACGGAUGAGUAACCCAGGUGUUCCAGGAAAUUCUGUUUUACUGGUCAGCAACCUCAACCCUGAGGCCAUCACACCGCAUGGACUUUUCAUCCUAUUUGGUGCCUAUGGCGAUGUGCUUCGUGUGAAGAUCAUGUUUAAGAAUAAGGAAAAUGCUUUGGUUCAGAUGGCAGAUGCAACCCAGGCUCAAAUAGCUAUCAGCAACUUGAAUGGACAGAAGCUUUAUGGGAAGUUCAUGCGUGCAACUCUUUCAAAACAUCAGAAUAUUCAACUCCCUCGUGAAGGAGAAGAUGACAACGGUCUGACGAAGGACUACAGCAAUAGCCCGUUACAUCGCUUUAAGAAGCCUGGCUCGAAGAACUUCCAGAACAUCUUUCCUCCAUCUGCCACUCUACAUCUCUCCAACAUUCCGACUUCUGUUUCUUUUGACGAUAUUAAGAGUCUUUUUGCACGUACUGGAUCUACUGUGAAAGCCUUCAGAUUUUUCCAGAGAGAUUGCAAAAUGGCUCUUAUCCAGCUGGGCUCUGUGGAGGAAGCAGUUCAUGCUCUCAUCGAACUUCACGAUUAUGACCUCGGAGAAAAUCAUCACCUCCGAGUUUCCUUCUCAAGAUCUACAAUUUGACUUUUCUGUGAACAUUCCUUUUAAAACUGCACUGCAGUUUUCUUACUCUCAUCAAAUAGAGACUGAAGUAGCUGUGACCAAUUCUGCUCUUAAAAGAAAAAUCUUGUUCGUACACACAGCAAAGAAUUAGGGGAUAAUCUUUUCUGAUUUCAGCUGCCAGUAUAUGAUCAAAUCUUAUUAUUCAUCAAUAAAAAGAUUAAAUUUCUUUAGAAAUAAUAUUUAUCAUCAUGUUUCCUAUUUUAACUUUACUUUUGAGAAUAUAUGUUGAAUUUUUGUUUCAGAUUAGCCUUAUGAAAUAUUUUAGAGUGCUUUUUCAAUAUACCAAACUGAGAAUGUUUCUAACAAGACAAAUCCACUCUACCCAUAUUGAAUACUGAUUUGAAUGUGAAACAGAGCUUGGCUUUCUUGAAGAAAAAGCCGAGCGCUGGUUGCGAAGGCCCUCUGAACAGUAUUUAUGUUACUAGAGUGUGCGUUCACACUUUGGCAAAUCUUUACAAUAGCUUUUUUAAAGCAUAAACUUUGUGCUGUUCGUAUGGGUUAAAUUAUUAGAGGAAAGGCAGUGCCUUUUCUUAGCGGAGUAAAAGAUGUUUGAGUUUCUCCAAGCUGUGACAUUAGAGUUUUAGCUUGACUUCAUCCUGGAAUGGAAGUUUGAUGUGUUAUUUUACUAUGAAGUGAUAUUGUGUAAUAGUAUUUUGAAGAAAAUAAGAGGAGAAAAUAGUCCUGAUUUCAAAGAGUUUUUUACAUUUCUUUAAAGAAUAAAAUGUUUACAAUCUUAUAGAAAAUAUUCAGGUCUGUGAUGGCUUAACGAAUUUUUAAGAAGUUAUUUUUGGUAAGGUCAUCUUUGGGGAUGAAAAAUUAAACCUCAAGAGUUUUUUGUAUCAAUAUACUUACUGUGUAUUUACUUAAUUUCUUAUUAUGUGCCUUACUGUGUGCUUAUGACACAACAGCUUUGAGUUUUAUCUAAAGUAUCUUGAAAAAUGUAAUGCAGGCUUUUAAAAUUCUUUUUUUUUCUUUUUUUUUUCUUCUUGUAAAUAUUUUCCUAACUGCUACUUUUGUGUUUUCUCCCCUCCUCUCUCUCCCAUCCCCAGUAAUAUUCAAACUUCUAGUCUCUGGUGCUUUAGUGUAGAGAUAAAGUAGAGGUGGAAAUUAAGUUUAAAACAUUAAGUUUAAAGCAGAGUCCUGCAGACCUCUUUGAAUUUAUCUGGUUGCAGUUGUCUGAUACCUUUAUUUGUCAAAAAAAAAAAAAAAAAAAGUUAUUC